AUGGCUGAUACCGAAAAGGCGCCGCAGCCGCAGCCCCAACAGCAGCAGCAACAAGAGCAACAACCCCCACAGCAACCGCAACAAGCUAAAGCGGCUAAACAAAAGCAGGUCAUUGCUGAGAAAGUUUCGGGAACCGUCAAAUGGUUUAAUGUCAAGAGUGGAUAUGGUUUCAUCAACAGGAAUGACACCAAGGAGGAUGUGUUUGUGCAUCAAACUGCAAUCGCCCGGAACAACCCUCGCAAGGCUGUGCGCUCGGUCGGCGACGGGGAGGCGGUGGAGUUUGCCGUGGUUGCCGGGGAGAAAGGCUAUGAAGCAGCCGGAGUAACUGGUCCCGGCGGUGAGCCGGUAAAGGGCUCGCCCUACGCAGCUGACAAACGCCGCGGCUUCCAUCGCCAAUAUUACCCCCGUCAAGGUGGCGGACGUGGCGGGGAAGGCGCUCCACGUAGAGGUGGAAUGGGACGUCGUGGGCCCCCGACCAACCAGGGGGGUGCACAGGGGGAUGAAGGUCAGGAGGGAGGCGGAGCACCACCACAGCGCAGCUACUUCCGCCGCAAUUUCCGUGGUGGACGUCGUGGUGGCGGUCCAGGGCCCAUGAAUCGCGGAGGAUACCGUCGCGCUCGUCCACGCAAUUUCCAACCGGGCCAAGGACAGGGCCAGCCCCAAGCCGGUGGACAGCCUAACCAAGCACCACGUCAAAAUGGUCAGGAGGCAGAGGCCCCUGCCACCGCUGCGUCGCCAACGCAACAGCAACAGGCUAAGCCGAAAUCUACCACCAAGCCUGCUGGUACUACCAUUGAGACCACUACCAAUGAGAGCCAGGCCUAA